AGUCCUCCCACCGGUUCUUCUUUUGCGCUCCUAUCGUCGCCUCUGUGUCACUUCCGGGUCGGAGGUCGUCUGGUCCGACAGGGCGACUGCCUGUGUGCUGCUCUGGCCCCCCUGUAUGUGCUGCUGCGUUUGUUGGCUGUGUUGCUGGAGGCCGGUGGUGGCGGUGCUGGUGUUUGGUGGUGGUAUCCAUCCUUCCGUCUUGUCCGCUGUGUUCCUGGGAGUGGGUUGCUUCACUGAGUGUGUCUGCCACGUGUGCCUGGUGAUUUAAGUUGGUUUCUCUUUUUUUUGGUGGAUCCUUCCCCUUCACUAGUCCUUGUCCACUCACUAGGCCUCAGCCCUGAUUACGUUCUUUCCCCCUCCCUGUGUGAAUGUUUUUUUAAAAGAAAAAUGAUUGUUUAAUAAAAAGUGUAUUUUUUUUAAAAAAAACUUGGAACCACGUCUCAUGCCCCUUUGAGUAAACGAACCUGUGUGUCUUGUAUUGAAGAAGUAAUUCCCUGGGUGAAAUUCCCAGGGUGGCAUUGUCGAGCCCUUUUCUUGGUAACAGUAUUAGCUUUAUAUCCUUUCACCUCCACCUCGCCACAUAAGCAAACAAUACGAUUUAUGAUUUUUUGAGGUAUAAAUAAAACCACCAGAAGUAAAAAGCUAAUGCUAGGCUACAAAAAAAAACUAUGCAGUUGCACGUCCUGACGUCACCACCACAACAAGGCUGUAAAGCAUGUUCGGCAUGAUGACUCUCUAAAGUCUCACUUAGCCACUUGAUAGCAACCACCUUAUUUAAGACACCUAAAAGCUUUAAAAUUCCCUAGUGUUUACCAACACAUUGUGUUUCCAACCCUGCCCGACGUUUGGUCAUGGACUUUCCAAGUCCAGAUACAACGUGCAAGGUACCCUGGGUGUGUUGGUUGUUGAAGUUCUGGGAAGCCGUGUCAAGUUCUGCCUGUUACAUGCGUCGUCGUCUUUCACACUUCACUUUCGUUUUCACAGGAAAUUUAACUCUUACAAUCACUCAAAAUAAUCACACUAUGUCGGUAUAACACCACACAUUGAUGUUCUUUUUUCUUUCAACAACAAACACGUGAUUGGGUUUAGGCUGCAAAAGUACGUGGUUAGAUUUAGGAAAAAAGAACUUGGUUUGGCUUAAUAACCUUAAGGGGCGCAAACACCGGAGGGUUUGGGUUUGUUGGACCCAUCUACCACUCCUCCAGCCCGCCCAACUUGGACUUUCGUUACCUUGACUUUCGUUCUUGUCCUGCUAUGUUCCCCUGACGCUUCCAGGCGCUGGUAAACUAUAACAGCAACCGGCCGUGUAUCAUGCUGACAUUAAAGGACAGCUUUUUUCGUCUGUGUCUGACGCCACAAGUCACUCCCUAAGCGCUGGAUUUUGAGACUGGGAUGUUUUUACUGGUGAAUUUUAUGUCGUAGAACAAAACUUAAAAGUCUUUUAAGCUUGUGUUAAUUACAGACCUUAUUUCAGGCAGCUAACUAAAAACCCAUUGACUUUAAGAUGACUUUAAGGGAACCGGGAGUGGUGAGAUGCUAUCUCUUAUCUGGGACUCAUUCCUGCAGCACUCUACAGGGACUAAAAGUGAGAAUAUCUCUGCCUCCAUUUUUACUGUUCUUUUUUUAUCCAUCUGUUGACAGUCACCUAUAACUCAAACACAUUAGUAAAUAAAAUUACAAAUAUUAUUUUUUUUAAUGCACCCCUUUAAAUGUAUUCAUAUAAAGUAAAACACUGCUUAAAAAUUAAGUUACUUUUAAUUUCAUGGUAUUGUUAACAGUAUUAUUAUUUUAGAGCUUGCAUUGUUUCUCACAGUUAAAUUUAAACUGAAAGAGACUAUAAUUAUUCUGUUAGCAUAAUUGAGUUUUCACACUACUACUGUGAGAGUGUCAACAGGUUUCUUAAUGAGAAAAGUCUUUAGUAUUUGAAUAAAUCUAUCUUGUGUAGAGUUGGUGUGAUGUUAUGUUGGAUCAUCGUUAGUAGCUGAUAUCAGAAAUUAAAGGUUUACAGCCCUACUGAAGGAUAUGACAGCUACACAGGUAAAAUAACAACUACAAGUUAUUAAUAUUUAGUGUGUUUUAUAGGCUACUUUUACAUUUUGAGAACCUUCUGAAAAAUAGAUUUAAUUUAUUCUGAUUUUCAUUUACAUUUAUUUGUGUCUGCAUCAGUUGAUUAUUUAAUUUUGAAAAAAGAAGAUGGUCACCACUUUAUUCUUCUGUAUUAUAAUGCAGACGUGUGAAUCUCUCAUUUCAGAGCGACGUGCUGGUAAUAGGAGUAAGUGCUCAAAAUUUAAAAAAGAAAAAUGCUCAAAAAAAGAAGCAAACAUUGUGAAAAUAUAUCUGUCCAAGACAACGUGUUUAUUCAUUUAAACACUGGGCAGAUUUUAUAUUAGGAUUAAAUGUUAGACACUGCACAGUUACAUUCAUGCACUGUGCAUCUUGGAAGUAUAAGGUUGGAUAGAGUGCCCCUCUGUGGUGUCAGUGUGAACACUUGAUUGAACUCCUAUGCAAAUACACCUCUCUAAAUAACUCUAAAACCAAAAGGAACUGUUUGUACUUUAUUCAAAAAUUAAAUCAUACCCACCCCUGAUUUGAGUAAAAGUAAGUCUGUUUCUUUUGUACCACUCUAUCAGUUUCACCGACAUUAGAUCAGUCACAUACCUUUCCUCUUUUAACAGAUGUAACUGUGACAGUCUAAGGUUGAUAAACUUUAUAAAUCUAAAUGAGGAAGUGAGAGAGCUUGCAUAGCAUGCUGACAGAUGAUGGGGGUGUAGCAUUUUCUAUAUUGGACACACGUCUUUUGUAGUUUCCAUUUCUUCAAAACUAGGCUGCAGGAACAUGAGGAUGUGGAGCCUUAAGAGCCUGCUGAUCACCCUGUGCAUUGCUCUCAGCUGUGUGAGGCAUGCAGCAGGGUUGAUACAUGUGUCUGGAUAUGAAGGGGGAGAAGUUAAUGUUUCUUGUCAGUAUGGAGAGGGUUAUGAAUAUUACGAGAAGUACCUGUGCAAGAAUGACUGUGGCGACAGUGAUGUUCUUAUUACGACAACAGAAGCAAAGAAGAACAGAUACUCCAUUUAUGAUGAUAAACACAGACGAGUCUUCAUAGCGACCAUCUCCGAUUUAAGUCGUACAGAUGCUGGGAAAUACUGGUGUGGAGUGACAAGGACUGGUAAGGAUCUCUACACUGAAGUGAAGCUGGAAGUAGGACGAGAUAGCUGUUGUGAUCAUUCAACCAAAACCCAAAGCUAUGAAGAGAGUUCAGUGUCCAUCAGUUGUCUGCAUGAGUCUAAAUACCAGAACAAUCUUAAGUACGUCUGCGGAGGAAACCAAACCUCCACAUGUCUGGAGAGUGCCAUAAUCACCUCUGACAACAAACAAAACGGACAGUUCAGACUUACAGAUGACAUGAUGUCGGAGAAAUUCACAGUGACCAUUACCAAGCUGACCCAAAAGAAUUCUGGGUCGUACCUUUGUGGUGUCCGUGUGAACCCUGGCCUGGAUGUUUUCUCUGCAUUUGAGCUCGAGGUCAAAGAAUGGUGCUGUGUGAAGUCAAACAAACUGAGCGGCAUUGUGGGCCAACCCAGAGCUAUGCAGUGUCCAUAUCCACCACAACACAGGCAUAACAGGAAGUUCCUCUGUAAGGGAGACCACCGCAACAACUGUACAGACAUGGUGACGAGUCAGAGCAGGUUCACGCUGCAAGAUGACAUUUCUUCCAGCUCUUUCACGGUGCUGAUCACGGAGCUGAGAGCAGGGGAUGCUGGGACAUACUGGUGUGGUUCAGACUCACAGUGGACUGCUGCGAACUACACACAGAUUCAGCUGUCACUAGGCUUUUCACAGCAGACCAGCACUGUGAGAUCUACCAUCACUGUGGUGGAACCUGUUGCAUCACAAUCAACACCAGUCCCUGGACAACAGAUCAAACCACGUGUACACCCUGUGGUUUUCGCUGUGCCCGCUGUGCUGCUCACACUGAUGUUUGCUCUGGUCAUGGUUUAUAAAUACAAGUGUUCCAAAGUGCGAGGAGCUGGAGCCAACUUGAACAGAGACAACACCAAGGCAGCCGUAACAGAGGAAGUGAUAGGAGGAGUAGAUCUUUAUGAAAAUCAAGGCGUAGCACUGUCGAAGCAGAGGACCUCCAAACUGCAGAGCGCCUGUCAGCACUAUGAUGAUGUGGGCGAUGCCGAAGAAGAUUGUGACUACCAAAACUUCUCAACAGAUGACAUCUACUGUAAUGACUUUGUCAUUAAAGCCAAUAGGAGAUAAACAGCAUGCACAUCUGCAUUUUUAGGUUACAUUUGUACCUGAAUGAUGCUGUUUUUUUAUUGUCUCAGUUAAAAGCUAACAAACACAUUAUUACAGCUGUGCCCCAACCUUUUCAUUGUCUAACUGAAAACUACAGUAAUAUAAUUACUUGCGCAGAUUUGUUUUAUAGUUACCAUCAUAUAUAUCAUUUAUUAAUACUUUAUUUUUACACUUUUUAUUACCUUCACACUCACUAUUGUGAUUUUUUUUAAUAUAACUUACCUCCACUCCUUAUAAGAAACGGUGGAUAAACAUUUUACCUAAAUAUCCCAAAUGUAAGUAACCUUCCUGUUUAUUGUAUAUAUCUUAAAUAAAAGUGAAUAAAUAAAUAAAAAAGCCAG